CAUCGAAGUACCAACGAACUCUUCAAACGACCAACUUCGCCACCGCCCCAUUUACAAACAGUAGCCAUGAAGUUCCAGGUCCUCCUCGCCCUCGUGGGUCUCGCCGCCUUCGCCUUCGCCCGCCCCGACGUCCUCGACUUCGAGGGCGACGACCACGAGCACGAGCAGGAGGGAGAGCCAGGGAGAGCCGUCGAGGGAGAGUACAGAUGGACGUCUCCCGAAGGCGAGGAGUUCUUCGUGAAAUACGUGGCUGACGAAGACGGCUACAGGGUGGUGGAAUCGAACGCCAUCCCCCGCACUCGCGACGGCGUGGCAGCGGACGGAAACCAAGGGUCUUUUGAUGACGAGGAAGAAGGAGAAGGCGAGGAAGACUAGGACGGAGUUGGGGUUGAAGAGCAGGAAUAAGAGAAGCGUUUUCGAGGAGGGAGGGGGGGAGGGGGGAGGCACGGGAGGGAAAGAAAGAAAGUAGAUAGAAUGCAUUUUAAUCAGUUGGGGAAUAAGGAGAGAGACGAAAACGAUUGAAAGCAAGACGAGAAAGCACAUUGGUUUCUCAACGCAUGUUCUCUUGAUUUCACCGUUGCCAUGUCUCAUCUGAUGUCUUAUUUACUGUUUCAUUUGAUUUCUGUCUGUCCUAAAUCGCCUCGUGAUGUCACAUAAGUACA